CAGUAAAAACAACCUGUAAACAUGCUGUAAACUGUAAACCUAAACAGUUUUUGUAUUGUCCAAAGUUUUGUGUAAACAAUGCUAAACAAAUAGUUUUUUGUUACCGUAUUAUUAAAGAAAACUUACUUAGUUAUAUUAGUUAGUGAAGUAGUUAAAACUUUGUGGUUUCACACAACACAAAAUGAACAAAGUUAAAGCCUCUCCGGUACCUGCGGUGCCCACUGAUCAGAAUUCAUUAGCGUGGAAGAUAUUCAACGCUUUUGUAUCAGAUGGACAAAUUACGGUGACGGAGAAUGAGCUUCGAGAUUACGCAGUGAAUGAGUUAAAGCUCUCAGACUGUGCCAGAGAUAAAAUGCCACCAGAGUUUAUGGAACAUUUACCAGUGAUACUGGUAGCCUUCAUGAAUAUGUGGUCAGGGUGGCACUUUAAAGGAGAGUUCUUGGCUGGAAAGUUCCAGAAAGAGCACUAUUUCCAGAGGUUUCAGAAGUUUAUGAUACAUAAGUUGACGAGCAUGUUGCGUGGCCAGUUUGCUAAUGCGAUGAAAGCAAAUGCAAUGAAGAGUUUAGGAGACACACCUCAAGCAGAUAAGAUUCCAAAUGGGAAGAAAGAACCGGAAUUUUCAUCAUAUGCUAUUUCUAUUAAUUGUCCUGCACAUUUGUUGAAUACACUUGUGUUUUCAAAUGUUGGGGACGAUGUAAUCAUGAAACAGCAUCUUGGAGUAAAAUGGUUAGAUCUAUCCCCUGUUCAACUCGUAAACUGGCCUCAUAUUGAAAUAACGUUCCGCACACAAGACAUAUACUUCGUACGACGACAAGCUACAGAGUUCGUGCGAUAUUUAAAUUUUUUACCACACGAAACCAAUAAACAUUCGGACUCCAUUAUUGAACAUGCAGAAGCUUAUGGACAUCAGGAGUGCUAUAGCUACGAUUUUUUGGAAAAAUACGUCAGAGUUUACCUCGAAGCAUUAAAGACAGCCCCAGUAGUGACUCCUGCCAAGUUAUAUGAGGUGCAAACUAUUUUGGUUCAGUUCCUUGAAGACGUGAAGUAUAUGGACGUGAAUAAGAGUAUGGCGACAAGUACGGUAGUUAUAUUUAGACUGUCGCGAGUGCCGUUCAUCAGAAAUAAGAAACUGGUAAAGUCUGCUGAUGGGGAUGAAGCGAGAGUAGGUUACUGUGAAGUGAUAACUCCAAAAAUCCAACUACUAUUAGUGUACUGCAAAGCUAAACAGAAAGACACACCUACACUUGCUUUUGAAUAUACUGACCAAAUUAAGAAUCCUGCAGAACACAGCCAAAUUAAAGUAGUACCUCAAAUAACAUACAAGUGCACCUUUUGCAAAGUGGAGUACGUUGACUCAAAUUCAAGAGACUUAAUGAUACAGCAUUUGAAGCUGCAGCAUAAAAUGGAACAACAUGUUCGUUGCACUCAUUGUAAGAAGCAGUUUGAAGUUUUAGCUUUAGCGGCAUGUCGCUGGAGACACAAAUGCGUGCCCACCAGUGUCUGGUCACCUCCAGCUGCAGUAAACAAAUAAAUAUAUUUUUUGUAUCAAA